AUGUCUCUCACUGCGCGGCCACGUGGGAGCACAUUCUUGCCGAGCGCAACUCGUGCGAAUCCUACACCACGCACAGGGCCUGCCGGUUCACGUUGCUAUCGCACAUGGCAAAAGAGCCCGCAGCGAUUCGCGGUGUUGACUGAGUCUGCGGAUACGUCAGUCAGUGUAGUCACAAAACAAGCUGCGCGUGUCGAAGACGUGCGAAUAUUACAACGGAAUAAGGUCUUUGGCGUUGAGUUUCUAGUAUUGCUCGAAGAUUCGACCAAAGUUUGGCUUUCUGGAGAAUACAUCGCUGAUGACUUGAAAACACAGUAUGAUGCAAACUGGUGGAGUGCAUGUAGACAGGGCGAGGAUGUUGCCCUUGAGGGCAUUUUGCAGCACAGCUGCGGGACUCUGCUGUAUUCAAGAGAUGCAAAACAGAGGAGCCCAAUCCACUUUCUCGCCGGCGUUGGCAAUACUGUUACGCUGAAAGAACUUUUGAAAGAGAGAGCUGACGUGAAUGCUCAAGAUUCAGAUGGAUAUACGGCCGCGCAUCUCGCUGCUGGCUAUAUGCACCUAGAUGCACUUAGGUGCCUCCUUGAGGCGGGAGCCGACGCUGAGCUAGAGGAUAGAACAGGUCGAUCGGUUCAAGGCUUAUUGCGUACCCUUCUUGCAAAUAUGCCAGUCACCACUGCUACAUAUUCGAGAAGAGUGUCUUUAGAAUCCAUAUUAUCCACGAUUGAGAGCCACAUAUAUGAGGAAGUCUUUCCAGAUCGAAUCCUGUCUAUGAGAGAGUCAAAUAGUGGUAGGGAGUACCUAGUUCGUUGGAUUGAUGGUUAUGAGGACAUGUGGGUGACGGAGAUGGAUAUAUCAGACGAUGUCAUUUCAGCUUUUGAACGGAAUGUAGAAAAUGUUGUUGGCAAAGAGGUCCUAACUGUUGGAGAUGGGAGAACAGCUGGCAAGCAAGGAAAACUAAUUCAGUGGCGCGAUACCCAACUUUUAUCGUGGAUUUAA